CCUCUCUUCAGUACCCUCAACAUAUUGCCGGUCAGCCAACUUGGGAGUGUGAAUUAAAUUGAGAAGUUGUUCUCCCAAUCUUUAGUUAUGUUUGGCAGUCAUCAAGGUGUUUGACGUGAUGUUCAGGGUUCUCGUCCGAAGUGCCACAAGAUUUGGCAUAAACACUGGAUUGCCUAAAUCCACGAAUAUCCUGCAAAAUGUAGCCAAACACAACCCUUUAAACGUAUCACUGGUGCAACAAUUCUCAUGUUUAACCAUCAAUCCCCCCACAACUAACUUACUGGCCAACCCCUUCGUACAGGCCAUUACGAAUGGCAUAACAUCCAGAACUGUAACCAAAUUCUCGUACCGCAAGGGACGCAGGAAAGCCGUGAAGGUGGUGCUCAAAAAAUUCUACAGAUUGAACUGGGGAGGCUGGAUUAGAACCAAGUGUGGCAGGAACAAGAAACUGUGGAAGAAAACGUCAGCAAGGAAGCGAAGGCUGAGGCAACAUGUGUUAUGCAAUGCCACACAGAGUAGACUUUUGGACAAAAUGGUUGGAAGUUACUGGAGGAAGCCUAAAUAUUAUGUAGACGAUCCGUAUAAUCCGUACCACAGUCGCGAGGAGUUUGUGUAUACUGCCAAGAAACCCAGACCAUUUUUCCCACCUGAGAAUUGAAUAGUGUUAAGGUAAUUGUUGUUUUUCAAUAAAAUUAGUUAAUUGAGA